AUGAAAGAAGUUGUCAAAGAAUCCAAUUCUGAUACCCAAAUCAAGCUGUACAUUCUUCACAGGACUGUCGCAUCUCCCUCUAAGCCACCUCCAGCAUCUUGUUUCGCGCCGAUUCAACAGCUUCCUCUUCUGGGCAUUGGCGGUGGUUUGCGGUGUCAUUCACCUCUUCCAAAGCUAGAAAUCAUGCCAGCGACAAUUCAAGUUAUCUUUGAGCACAUAAAAGGCGUAAUCGCGUCGACAAACGGCACGCUGUACCAGACAUGCAGACAUCUUUACGAAGCCGGACUCCCGCUCGCAUAUGGCAUUAUAUACGGCACAAAGGUGGCGUUAGAAGAUGCGAGUGAGGAGAAGUACACAGAGCACCUCCGUUUCCUGAGCUUUAUCGCUGAUAUGCGACAUUCGCCCGUGUCUCAGGCUGUGCGCGAGGUGUUUGUCAAUCUGGAAACACCGGAGUUCCCAAAGUGCUUUUCAGUCUUGAUCUGGAAAUGUGCAAGUAUUUACAUCGCCUCGUCAAUCUCUAGUGUUUGCACGUGUCCAUUAGGAAUUUGGCUGCGUUCAGCGAUUAUACUCGUUUGA